GACAGUUCUGUGCAAAACAUGCUGUUCAGUUUCACUCCUCCUUGACUGGGAGCUUUUGGUGUCCUGCAACAGAUGUCAAAAGCCGCAGCACCCAAGAAGGCAGCGGCAGCAGUCCCUCCCCCACCUGGAUGCUCCCUGGACAUUAAUGACCCUCAGGUGCAGAAUGCCGCCAUCCGCAUCCAGGCCUCCUACCGUGGGCACAGGUCCCGCAAAGAGUUGAAAGAUAAAGGUCCCCCACGGGUGCUGGAGAACCUCAAGGAUGUGAUGAUGAUUGAAGGGAGUGCAGCCAAGCUGGAAUGCCGCAUCAGUGCCUUCCCGGACCCCUUCAUCCGCUGGUCCAAAGAUGGGGUGGAACUCAAGGAUGGGCCCAAGUACCGCUACGUCUUUGAGGACCCUGACGUAGUAGCCCUGGUGGUGCGUGAUGGUGGCCUUCCUGACCUGGGAAAGUACACCAUCUCUGUGAAGAACCCCUUUGGAGAGUGUUCCGACUCAGCACGCCUCCUCAUAGAAGUACCUGCCAAGAUUCAGAAAGGCCCUGACAGCACUAAGGCCAAGAAAGGCAGCACAGUCAACCUGACAGCCCACAUCAGUGGGGAGCCAGCACCUGAUGUCGGCUGGGCCAAGGAUGGUGAGGAUAUUGAAGAGGACGACCGAAUAUACUACAAUAUUGGCAGUGACUCGACCACUCUCACCAUCAAGAAGGUGACGCCGGCUGAUGCUGGGAAGUACGAGGUCUUUGUGGAGAACAGCCUGGGCAUGGACCAGUCUUUUGCACGCCUUGAUGUGGCUUGAGCUCCUGCCCUCCAGCUGUAUGGUUCCCCCCAAAGAAACUCUUCAUCCUUGCUGCCAAGUAUGGCUCAGAGUACUAUACUUUCUCACCCUGGGAACGGCUGGACAAACAGAAUGGCCCUCAGAGCUGGGGAAAGCCAAUUUAAUUACUCCCCCCCCCCAAUGGUGCUGUAGGGCUCCCUUGUCUCUUGAUGGCAUCUUAGGGUCUUGCCUCUCGAGUCUUGCUCUUUUUCUCACUUCACGUGGCUCCUUCUCACCUUCUGCCUUUGUGGGGGCACAACAUCUUGCCUGACUCACUGGCAAGAAUUCUCUAACCUGCGUCAGGGCUGAAUCCAUUUCUGGGGCAGGUGGGGCCAUCACCUUGCCAGCCAAUAGCAUUGUUGAAAGUGCAACAUGGGCAGCAGUGGUCCCUGAAAAGCCUCGGUCUCGGGGCAGG